AUGCCAAAGGGAAACAAGAAAACUAAUGAGAAAAAAGAGGAUCUUGAGAAAUUUGCGAAAGAGUUGCAAGGGAGUGAUUCGGACGAGGACGCUGUUGUCAUUGAGCAGCCGACCGUCGUUGAGCCUAACCCGCCACGUAGUGAGAACUCUAACAAGAAAAUUGAGCUCACUCAAGCCGAAAAGGAUUUGCUUCGCACAGAACUUGAGAAGACCGAGGAGGAGAUCGGAACACUGAAGCAGGUGCUGUCGGCUAGACAGAAGCAUGCUGCGGAUCUCAAGCGUAAGCUUGGACUCACGCCACUCACCGAGCUCUCACAAGACUUGAACCGCAGUUUGAAGACAGUCACCGAGACUGAAGCAUUCCAAAAGACUGCUGAGGUCGCGGCCGCUACUUCGGACACCGUCAAGGAGAAGUGGAACGACAUGAGAAACUCGUCGCUCUUCAAGUCGUUCGAGUCGAAACUCGGAACUGCUUACAACUCGGCUAAAAUGGCUGCCUCCACAUCGAUCGAUCACUUGGCAGGAGCUGCUCGUGCGCCAAGCCAAAGCGGAACUCCAGUCGCCGAGGAAGCCAAACCAAUCUCCUAA